UGCUGGGCGCUGGCCGCCCGGGCGAGCGGCGCGACGGAGCCGCGGCUGCAGCGGGGCAUGCCAAAUGUCUGUCCAGUGUUUGAGUUGGCACUGGUAAGCCACCAACAGCCAUGUGUUCAAGCCUUUAGUCGUAUGGUCAAGUUGUGGAAACAAGGUUGCACGAGGAGGAAGUGGUGUAUGGGCUAUGAGAGAAGGUCUGGGUACUACACAGUUUACAAGCAGGUGUACAGAAUGGAGCGUCAGACUGUGUAUAAGUGCUGCCCUGGAUGGGUCCAACAUGACAGUGAACCUGGCUGUUUGCACUUGCUGUGUACUGUUGGCACUUGCUUCAAUGGAGGGAAAUGUCCUGAAGCAGGAUCCCAGAUGUGCCAGUGUCCUGCAGGAUUUCAGGGUCCUCGCUGCCAGUAUGACGUAAAUGAGUGCACCACUGAGAACGGUGGCUGUCAUGACCAGUGCUGUAAUACCAUCGGCAGCUACCACUGCAAAUGUCCAGCUGGCCAGAAACUGGAGGAAGAUGGAAAAUCGUGUGGAGACGUGGACGAGUGUGCGGUGGUGAAUGGUGGCUGCCAGCAAGGCUGUGUCAACACGCACGGCUCCUUCCACUGCCAGUGCCGGGCGGGCUACAGGCUCCAUGCUGAUGGGCGCACUUGCAUAGCCGUCAAUUCCUGCAGUGUUAACAACGGGGGCUGCGAGCAGGAGUGCGUUCAGCUCGGUGAAGACCGCUACAAGUGCCAGUGCCAGCCGGGCUACUGGCUGAAGAGGGAUGCCAAAUCCUGUGAAGUGAUAGACCCCUGCACAAGUGGGAAUGGAGGAUGCUCACAAAUCUGUCAAAAUGAGAGAGGAAUUGCAAAAUGCGAGUGUCAUCCAGGGCAUUAUCUUUCUGCAGACAAAAAGUCCUGUUUAGACAUUGAUGAGUGUGCAGAAGGGAGAGCCAGGUGUGCUCAUCGUUGUGUGAACACUCUGGGAUCCUUCACCUGUGUCUGUAAUCCCGGCUUCGAGCUGGGGGCUGAUGGAAAGCAGUGCUACCGCAUCGAAAUGGAAAUUGUUGAUAGCUGCCAGGACAACAACGGUGGCUGCUCUCACCACUGCGAGCACACGACUGCGGGGCCGCGCUGCUCCUGCGACGACGGCUAUCGCCUCGAUUUUGACGGCAAAACGUGCGCAGAGCUGGACGAGUGUGAGACCGGAGAGUCCUGCUGCUCCCAGUUCUGCAUCAACUAUGCAGGCGGCUACGAGUGUGCCUGCAAAGCGGGGUUCCAGCUGAACGCCGACGGCUGCGCCUGCGACGACAUGGACGAAUGUCAUCUUGAUAAUGGCAACUGCGACCAUUUCUGUGUUAAUUCUCUGGGGUCGUACGAAUGUGCAUGUAAGGAGGGUUACAGGCUCAGUGUUAACAGAUGGUCCUGCAUCGGUGGGGAGGAGGUGGAUGUGGAGGAGGCAGCGGGGUUCGCCGGGGCUCCGGGGCUGCAGUUCAGAGGUCCCCCCCAGCUCCUUCGCUACACGCUCGGUGCCCUCUACGAGGAUGAAGACCCGCGAGGAGAGCUCACCCUGGUGCACAGGGUCGUUUGCCUUGAUAACACUUUCGGCAAUGACUGUAGCUUGAGCUGUGAGGAUUGUCUGAACGGAGGCAGAUGUAACAGUGAACACAGCGGCUGUGUUUGCUCACCUGGGUGGACCGGCAUUAUCUGUAAUGAAACUUGCUCCCCUGGGACGUACGGCAGAGGCUGUGCCAGCGUUUGCAAGUGCCAGAACGGAGGCUCCUGCGACCCCGUCACGGGGCAGUGCCGCUGCCCGCCCGGCGUGCACGGCAAGCUCUGUGAAGACGGUUGCCCGAAAGGCCUCUUUGGGAAGAACUGUAACAAACCGUGCAACUGUGCCAACAACGGCUAUUGCCACAGACUCUAUGGAGCCUGCCUGUGUGACCCUGGGCUCUACGGGCGUUUCUGCCAUCUUACCUGUCCCAGGUGGGCCUUCGGAGCUGGCUGCUCAGAGGAGUGUCAGUGCGUGAAAGAGCACACGCUGGAAUGCAACGCAAGGAACGGGACUUGCACCUGCAAGCCUGGUUAUCACGGCAAAAAGUGUCAGAAAGAGUGCACGCCUGGCUUUUACGGGGCUGGUUGCAAACUGAGGUGUAACUGUCCUGCUGAUGUUUUGUGUGAUCAUGAGACAGGAGUCUGCAAACAUCCGUGUCCACCUGGGUUUCAUGGAGAAAAAUGCCAUUUAUCCUGUCAGCCUGGGAGCUUUGGGGUGAGCUGCAGGCAGAGGUGCAGCUGUGGAGGAGCACCAUGCGAUCCGAAGACGGGGCAGUGUAUUUGCCCAGCUGGGAAGACUGGUGCUACGUGUGAGCAAGAUUGCCCGGCCGGCCGGUGGGGACCAGACUGCCAGUCUUCCUGUGAGCCCUGCGCCAACGGGGGACAGUGCAACAGAGAAACUGGAGCCUGCGACUGUCCCCCUGGCUACAUCGGGGCAUCCUGCUCUGCGUCCUGCCCCGAUGGUUACUACGGACAAAAUUGCCUGCUGUUAUGCAGCUGUAGCAGCAGUGCUCAGUGUCACCACGUCACCGGAGAGUGCACAUGUCCCCCGGGCUGGACUGGCCACGACUGCAAACACCGAUGCCCCGAGGGAAGCUUUGGCCCGAGCUGCAAGUACGGCUGUCAGUGCCAGAACGGAGCUGCCUGCGACCACGUGAGCGGAGCCUGUACUUGCGCGGCGGGCUGGACAGGAACCUUUUGUGGAAGAGCUUGUCCAGACGGAUUCUUUGGGCUUGACUGCCACCAGGUGUGCAAGUGCAAGAAUGCUGCCGGCUGCGACCACGUCCUGGGAACAUGCCGCUGCCUCCCCGGCUGGCUGGGAGAGACCUGCGAGCAGCCCUGCCGGGGGGACAGCUACGGGCCAGGCUGCAGCCACGCUUGUCACUGUCACAACGGAGCGCUCUGUCAUCAUGUAACCGGGACGUGCCUUUGUAGCCCGGGGUGGAAAGGAGCCACCUGCCAAGAAGCCUGUCCUCCUGGAUGGUAUGGUGCAAACUGUCUACAGCGCUGCGUCUGCCACGGCCAGGCGACGUGUGACCGCGUGACGGGCGAGUGCCUGUGUCCCCAGGGUUGGACGGGGAUAGCGUGUGAGCUGGAGUGUGGGGACGGGAGGUAUGGAGAGGGCUGCGAGCAGAACUGUAGCUGCCACCGUGGGGUUUGUGACCAGCACUCGGGGAAAUGCAUCUGCCACGCCGGCUGGACUGGGGACCGCUGUGACCUUGUCUGCCCCCAGGGAUUUUUUGGCAAGCGGUGCGAGGAGCAAUGUGACUGCGUGCACGGCUUGUCCUGCCACCAUCAAACUGGAGCGUGUCACUGUGAAAAGGGAUGGCGAGGGAGACACUGUGACAAACCUUGCUUGCCCGGCCGCUACGGCGCGGGCUGUGCCCAGCGGUGCCGGUGUCCCGCAGGUACCCCCUGCCAUCACCUGACGGGCGAGUGCGGCUGUCCUCCAGGAUUCACCGGCUACGGCUGCGAGAAAACUUGUCCACUGGGCACGUAUGGUAAGAACUGUAACGGCGUAUGUCAGUGCUCUGCCGAGAAUGAGGAAUGUCACCCGGUGACCGGCGACUGUGCGUGCCGCCCGGGGUACUACGGGGCCCGCUGCAACCUCCGGUGUCCAAAAGGUACUUACGGUUCAAACUGCCAAAACCCCUGUAAAUGCAUGAAUGGAGGCCAUUGCGACCCUGCGUCGGGAACUUGUGAUUGCGCGCCUGGUUUCAUUGGAGCCGACUGUAGUAAAACUUGCCCUGAAAACCGAUACGGGAAGGACUGCACCCUGUUCUGUGCAUGUGGUAAAGGUCAGUGUGACCCACGGACUGGCAAGUGUACCUGUCCUCCCGGCCAAAUGGGACCCAGCUGUCAGCAAGUGUGUCCCCAGGGACAAUAUGGCCCCAACUGCCACCUGACAUGUACCUGUCAGAACGGUGGUAUCUGUGACCACGUGGAUGGCAACUGCACUUGCGGGCUCGGCUGGACGGGAAGAUCGUGUGAGAAAGAAUGUCUCCCAGGGAAGUACGGGUCUGGCUGCGACCUGGACUGCUCGUGCCAGCACAACGGCACCUGCGACAGGUUCACGGGCUGCUGCCAAUGCCCCGAGGGUUACUACGGCCACUCCUGUGAGCACAGGUGUCCCCUUGGAUUUUAUGGGCUAAGCUGUCUUCAUGCAUGUGCCUGUAAAAAUGGAGCGAGCUGCGAUGCAGUGACAGGACAGUGCAUUUGUCCUUUGGGUUAUCAAGGUGUCUACUGCGAGAAAGGCUGCAACAGGGGCUGGUUUGGAGAGAGGUGCCGGCGCCGGUGCAACUGUGGAGAUGCUCCUUGUGAUCCAGAGACUGGGAAAUGCUUUUGCCCACCUGGGAAGACUGGAGAGAAAUGUGACAUUGAAUGCAGGUCAGACCACUACGGCCCCGACUGCUCCCUGCGAUGCCAGUGUGCCAGCAAAUCCCAGUGCAAUCCGUACAACGGGAACUGCGUGUGCCCAGCCACGUGGAUGGGGCCAACCUGCAAAGAAGGUGGCCCUCCAAAGCUUCCUUUUUAUGAAGAACAAACUCAAGAAAGAGGGAAUAUUUUUCCAAGAGCUCUACAACAGUAACAUUUGGACUAAUAAAUGAACUGUUUUAUAUGCACAGACGGUAUUUGAAUUUGGAUAUGAAAACAGCUAUUCAAUUCAGCUUGAAUUGUACUGAAGUAUUCACACUUCUUAUGGAAGACUACAGAGGCCAUUUAGUAGCUGGAUCCUUUUAAAAAGUUGAAUCUGUUUCAUGUAUUUAUUCCUAGCUCUUACCCCUCCAUUAAUCUGCUCUGGACAUUCUUUCUGAUAUAUAAUAUAAUUCAUUGUUUGAAAGCUUGGACAUGUUUUUAAUAAGACCAGCUCCAAAGAGUAUCAGGAUAAGCAGUAUGUAACAUAUCAACGUGCAGUGAGCCACACCACGUAUAAGUGACUUUCUAAACCCGCUUGACAACCAAUGUGAAGUUUAAUGAGCGUUUCACAGAUUAUGAAGCCAAUAUGGAUUCACUGCAAAAUCACAUUGCACAGAAACUAGUGGGAUUCACCAAAUUAAUUCCUCUUUGAAUAACAUUGUGUGUUCUAGAAAAGCAUUCGGUCUAAUUUUAAACUUGCAACUGAAGAAGAAACCACCACAGUCCUCGAUAAGUUGUUAAUUAAUUUAAGAACAUGUACCACAUUUCUAGUGUGGAUUGACUGAUUGGAAGGUCUCCAUCUAUAUCUUGCUUACGUCUGAAUCCGUCUUCCAAAGAGCAUGGUGUCAUCUGUCAGACUCUUCUGGCUUUCUGCGUUCUCCCGUCUUGUCAGUCGAGUUUCUCAGUGGUUUGUCAAGUCAAACUGUGCAGUAGUUCUCAUCAAACAGUACCUGCUAACGCAGAAAAGAGUUUUAUCUUGGAUGGAGAAAGCAGAUAGUAAGCAAGGUCUUAAACACAUCUGCAGUCAUUAACUGUCCGGUACAAAGCAAGCGCCACUUCCUCACCUGGGAUUUUAAUUCAAACUGUGAUCUGUUGGAAGCAAUACAGGUUCGGUAGGUAUUUUUCAAGCUUCAUGGAAGUCUUAUUGUUGUUAUUCAUCACUUCAUAGGUAUCAAAAGUCAUCCUAAACACAGUAAAGAUAUUUGUGAAUGUGUCAAAAUUAAUUAACCAGCUGUGCUUUCAGCCAGAAAAUUACAGGGGCUGAUGCUGAUCCCUUGUCAUUUCUUCUUUAGAGCUCUAUGAAUGUCGCUGGAAAGUUUACUCAAUGUAAAUGUGACAAACCUGUUGUUGUCCCAAACCUAGUCAGAAGUGUGUGGCUCUCAGCAGGGCUUUACUGCCAGCUGUGACAUUUUAAAUGUUCUUUUGGAGAUGCGAUGGCCUGGGUCUGAUCCUACAAUUAUGUGAAUUUGGGGCAAUUUCACUGAACUGGAACUGAUAAGGUAAAUCUCAUAUGAGACAAUUAGAUAUAAUCUUAGCAACUGCUGGAGAAGAACGAUCCAAGUUAAGCAAUUGACGUAUUUUGAUCUUAAUUAUGUAUUUACCACAGAGCCAAACUACAAUAGUAAUGCAAGCGUCGCAUUAUAUUCAAGAUUUUUCGUAGAAUCAUAGAGUAAGUUAAAUUGUAAGAGACCUCUGGAGGUCCAGGCUUCUCUUCAAAGCCUGGUCAACUUCAAAGUUAAAUGGGGUUGCUCAGAGAUUCAUCCAGUUGAGUUCUGAAUAUCUCCAAGGAUGGAGAUCCCACCACCGCUUUGAGCCCCCGUCCCAGUGAAAAUUUCAUGCUCACGAUUUUUUUUUUCCCUAGUUUCCAAUGAGAAUUUCCUAAGUUCCAACUUUGGUCUGCUGCUUCUCAUCCUUUCAGUGUGCAUCUCUGAGAAGUGUUUGGCUUCAUCUCAUCUACAGCCCCCAUGGGGUAGUUGAAGACAGCAGUAAUACCUCCCCUUGGUCUUCUCUUCUGAAGACCGAGCAAACCCUGCUCCCUCAGACCCAACUGUUACCAGCCCCAGUUACCUCGGUGACCCUUCACUGGCCCAGUUCCAGCACAUCGGACAUUUCGGUUUAGGGAGAGAUGCCCGAUGACUGCUGUGGUUACUCAGCAGCUAAUGCGUAAAACCCAAGAACUUACAUUUUGCUAUUUGACAGCAGUUUGUAAAAUGUACUGGUUUUUUCUUAUCUGUGUAUACUGAUAUGUGAUUAGAGCAGCUAAUCAAAGGGGAAACCUUUCUCAAGCCAUAUUAUUUACACCUGUGUAUACUUGUUUACAUUUUCCACAGUACCUUGAUAAUAGAAUUGUAAAUAUGUAGUAUAAAGGAAAUAAAAGAUUUUUGUGUUAAGUGUUUUUAAAGAACGUCACAAUUUUAGGUACAUGAUGAAACACAUAUUUUAAGUGACUGAUACUGAGCCUGUGCCAAUGAAUUAGAGGCCCAGGUAGAUCUGCCUGGGAAAUAUUUCAGCAAACUUUUUUUUCAGUCCGAAAAUGCCACUUCAUACAAAACCAUUCACAUGCAAUAGUCUUUUUUAUUCAUUCCUCCUUCAAAAUACUUCUUAGCUUCUUUACGUUAUUGCCUUGGGGAAAGAAGUUCACUUCAGUGCCAUUAAACAGAUCAUUCUGAUUUGGGGCUUAACAUGACUUUGUUCCAGAACAAAGUACAAUCAUACAAAGGUAAAAAAUUAAACAUUUCAAAAAUAUUAAAAGAUUACUUUUGAUGGGGUCGUUUUGAAUGUCUUUUCUUGGUUAUCUAUUUGUGAAGGUUUUCACUUUUUUCACAAGGCAGGGAAAUGUUUACAGGAUGUCAUUUUCUAGAAGAAGAGCUAAAACUUUACAUCAUUAGCUAUUAAUUAAGGAAGUUUAUUUGCUUGUGGUGUCAUUAAUAUGUUUUGAUGCUGCUCCUUACUGCAGAUUAACAAAUUUACCUAAUUCUGUGCCUACAAAAUAGUCUUUAUUAGUCAGCAUGGACUUUUUUAAUGGAAAAACAACUAAAUCAGCUUUUCCAUAGAUUAAUUUUGUAGCAAGUGAGUGUAAUUGCUACUAAAAUAAUACAACUCUGCUUAUUUGCUUCAUCAGGUUCCAGUGAAAGACUGUCAGGCUGAUACUGUCCUGCACAUAGCACUGGAGCUUGCUGAAAACUUCAGUGAAAAUGGGUUUUAUAUUUAAAUUUAUGUCCAUCUUCCACUUGGUAAAUGCCUUUCUUGGCUCUCCAUUUCCCAGAAGGCUGAAGUUAAUUAUGCUUUCUUGAAAAGAGCGCUCUGUGUAUUCCACUGUAACACACUUGCAUGCACAGAUAACUCCUUUCAGAAGGACAUUUAAAUUAUUUUGACCAUGCAGUUUCUGUGCCAAAUCCCGCUCUCUUACCUUUUUGCGUGUUCCAGAUAACUCCAGUUUGAGAAGAGUGGAAAUGAGUUGAGUGUAACUCAAUGGGUCCAGCGGAAUCUUACUCAAUGUGAAUUCAUGAAACCAGAACAACAUGUUUUAAGUUAGACUUCAGUAUUUAUAACACUAUCCUCAUAGGAAAACAAUCAGAAUUUUAAAAAUUCUCUGCUUCCCCUGCCAAAAAUUAUUAUUCUACUUUUAUCCUUUUUAUGUUGAAGAACUAUAGCUAUUAAAGUUUGCCCAGAUUUCUUGCCAACCAUAUUAUUUUGAUUGGCUGCAGAUUUCUGUUUGUGUAAGUAAUAACCAUCAUAGCAUCAGGAGUUGCCAGUGGGACAAACAUGGAAAUUAUACCUUUAUGUCCUUCCCAGAAGAGCCAAAGACACAUUUUGGAGCCAUCGUGGCUUCAUACUGUUGAUCUAACAGUGACAAAUAACAUUUCUGUUAGAGUUUAGCUUCUUAUCAGAGCAAAGAAAAGCUUAGGAAGAGUCCUUAAGAGAACUGGUGGGCCAAGAAACCUCGAUCCUCCCGUCCUUGUGUUAAUUUUUUUUAUAGUUAGGCUAGAAACCUUCUCCGUCCCCAGUUCUUGAAGGACUCUUCCUGCACGUUGACCUGUGGCUGACUGCAGCAGCUCCAUGCAUGAGCUGCGACUGUGCCCAGUAAUUCUUUUGCGGGGUCGAAGCUUUAAAUUCUACCACGCUGUAAAGCAAUUUCCAGCGGUAAACACCGAAUCUCAGACUUGUAGAGCAUA